AUGACCAUCGCCUCGACCACCAUCGCUCAGUUACCAAGUACGAUGCUGUCUGUCUAUCCCUCUGAGAUCCAGUACCAGCAGCACCUCAACCACUCCCCCAUCCGCCCCAUGCCUCACCGCCAGCCUGACGUCUCGCUCGGCUACGCCAGCAUGAGCAAUCGUCACUCCCAUCACCACCACGCCUCCAAGGCCGCCGCUGCCCAGCAGCACCAGGCCCAGCAGGACGCUGCCGUUGCCCAGGCCCUCGAGAUUGCCAGGGAGAGCCCCGAUGGCGCCUCAGAUCCCACCGUCAGCAAGAUCCUCGAGUUGGCUCUGUCACAGAUCUGGGGCAGGGUCCAGGCCCAGCCCGACUCCUAUGUCAUGACCCGCGAUGAGUUUGCCGUCUUCAACUUCUUCCAGCACCGCUUCCAGGGCGACAAGACGGCCGUCAAGGCGCGCAAGCGAUACUGGGAUCACACCAGGGCAUGA